AUGUUGGACCUGUCACGGCUGAAAGUUCUCUGGGCGCAGCGCGGGCUCAGCAGUUUCAAAAUCAACGAAAACUGGUGGCCGAAUGCUCUCGCAAAAACGACAAAAUGUUCGAAAUGGAUUGCUGGUCCAUUGGUUGUAACGUUCACAGCAGAAGUGGAGCGAAAGGUGGAAAAGCCCAGAAAAUCAAGGCAUCUUCAUUCUGCGAGGAAACAGGCCAAGAAAGGAUUACUGGAUUCACGGAACGGUCGUUAA